GAAGCAGGCGGGGCUAGUGACCAAAGGAGAACGGAGGGAGAGAGCAAUGUACAGACACGGCAGAGACACCGUGUCCGCUCCGGCAAGGUUGGCAGUGCGUGGCAGCUCUGUCUGUCGACCGGCCACCGGAGAGUACAGACACAGUGCGGGGGGCCGUGACGAUGUCUGAGCCAGGCAGCAGGAUGCACUCCAAGCGGGCCGGGAUCCGGGCCGCCGUGGUCCUCAUCGGGCUACUGCACAAGUCCCGUCGGCAGAAGGAGAAGGAGGAGAUGGAUCGGAAGCAGGACGUUCAGACCAUAUCCAUUGUGCCUGUAGGGGAUGGUCCCCCUUCACCUCCUCGUACAGCUCCACCCACCAUGAAGUCGGCCGAGUUCUUUGACAUGCUGGAGAGGAUACAGCAGGCCCCAAAAACUGAGGAGAUGACAGCCAGCUCCCAGAAGCACAAGGACGACUAUAUUCCAUACCCGCGGAUUGAGGAGGUCCUGGAGAAAGGCAGCCCAUACCCCCAGGUGAUCCUGCCCCAGUUCGGGGGCUACUGGAUCGAGGACAUGGAAGCCAGCGCCGGCACCCCCACGUCCUCUGACAGCAGCCUGUGUGACGAGGACGAUGGAGGGGGACGUGGCCCCGAGGGUCACUUAGGCUUUCGGCUGGAGUGUGACAGAACAGCCCGGACAUACCGCAAGCACUUCCUGGGCAGGGAGCACCUGAACUUCUACUGCACGGCAAGCGGCCUGGGAAACCUCAUAAUGUCCCUGAAGCACGAGGAGGUGGAGGGGCAGGAAUACCUGCGGAUCAUUCUCAGGUCUCGCAUGAAGACGCUGCAUGACCGCAUUCACCUGGAGGGCCUUUCCCAGCUGCCCAGCAUCCCUCAGAUAGCCAAGCUGUUCUGCGACGAUGUGCCUGGUCUGAAGUUCAGCCCAGUCCUGUACCCCAGAGCAUCCCAGCUCAUAGUUAGCUAUGAUGAGCAUGAGAUUAACAACACGUUCAAGUUCGGGGUGAUCUACCAGACGUUUGGCCAGACCACGGAGGAGGAGCUGUUCGGGAACAACACGGAGACUCCUGCCUUUAAGGAGUUCCUCAGUCUGCUGGGAGACUGCAUCGACCUGCAGGACUUCAAAGGGUUCCGUGGGGGGUUGGAUGUGUCCCACGGUCAGACGGGUUCGCAGUCUGUCUAUACGGUCUUCCGACGCAGGGAGAUCAUGUUCCACGUCUCCACCAAGCUCCCAUACACAGACGGGGACACACAGCAGCUACAGCGGAAGCGGCACAUCGGCAACGACAUCGUGGCGGUCAUCUUCCAGGAAGAGGGCACACCCUUUGUUCCUGAUAUGAUCGCCUCCAACUUCCUGCAUGCCUACAUCCUGGUCCAGGUGGAGCACGCUUGCACAGCUCAAACCACAUACAAGGUGUCUGUCACAGCUCGAGAGGAUGUCCCACCUUUCGGCCCGCCUCUCCCUAACCCAGCAGUCUUCAAGAAGGGUCCAGAAUUUCGGGAGUUCCUGCUGACCAAGCUGAUCAACGCAGAGACCGCCUGCUACAAGUCGGAUAAGUUCGCUAAGCUGGAAGGUCGGACACGGGCUGCCCUGCUGGAUAACCUCCACGACGAACUUCACUGCCAAACACUGGCCGCGCUGGGCCACGGCCUGGGGCUCAGCUCCGAUGAGGACAGGCUGGAGAAUGGCGGCCAUGGCGGACUGCUGGAGUCCUUCAAGAGAGCCAUGCGGGUUCGUAGCCACUCCAUGGAGACAGUGGCGGUGUCCCAUCGCCACCGGGGCCCAGGCCUCGGAAGCGGGGUGCCACAGAACAGCAUGGAGUGCACAAAAAGCACGUACACGCCCCCUGUGAUGUCGGCCAAGUCCCCACUAAGGAGCCCAGUAAAACGGAAGUCGGGGCUGUUCCCGCGCUUACACUCCAGCUCAGAGAGCCAGGCGGACAGGCAUGCCCGCGGUGACCAGAAGAGCUCAGACAGCAGCCCCAUGUCACAGGAAGUGAGGUCAGAUACCCUGUCUAACCCCAGCUCUCCAGAGAUCUGCCCCAAUAAGGAGAGGCCUCCAGGCAAGCUGAAGGACUGCAUGGGCCGGACGAACAUCUCCCGCUCUUCCAGCAGUACCAGCAGCUUCAGCAGCGCUGCCGGGGAGGGCGAGGUCCUCGAUGAGCUGGACAGCAGCAGUGCAGGGAGCAGCCAACCCUCCAUGGCUUCUUCAUCUGUGUACAGCCCCUGCCUCGUUGUGGACGGCCUGGUGGCACCAGCCAUCAUGUGCCGCAGCCCCACAGAUGCAAAGAGUAAGAUGUCGCCGAGGUCCAACUUAAAGUUUCGCUUUGACAAGCUGAGCCACUCUACAGCAGGACACUAGGGCACUUAUGUACAAAAGGCAGAGUUGCUGGCAGCUGGUGAGAAUGGGGUGAUGUCAUACUAGAGGAGACCACUUCAGAAGCUGGAAGCACUGAAGAAGGAACUCUUAAGGUUAAUGUAAUUAUCGCACUGUUCUCAACCAAGAACAGAAGAGGAUCAUCGUCCAAAAUGUUUAGAAAGAUAUUGCGCGUCGGCAAUGAAGCCAUUGCCACAAAUUUACUUGGCAUUACCAAUUUGGCUAUGAUUGUCCAAAACAAUCUGACAUGACAUUGCCAAGUGAAAGAGCAACAGCAAGCAGUUAAAGACUUAAUUAGAUAAUGCUCCAGUAGUCAGCUCUGCAUUUUGUCAACCUAAGCUUCCUCUAGUUUCGUCUCUUAGUAACGUCUCAGAUUUUGUGUAGCCUUGAAUUCUUUGUGGUCUCAUUGAACUUUUAGCUUUUAGCUGCUGCGACGAUGUUCAGAGACAGUAGAGUGAUGCGGUUGGAAAUGUAACAAGCACAGAACCAGUCUCAUUCCAGAUCACACCAAAGACUUACAGAAAUGACGGGGCGGGGGCUCAGUGUUAGGCCAGGUCUCCUAUCAGCACAAUCAGAACCUCAAAUAGACUCCAGCUCAUUCCUAUCUCACAAUCACGCUCUGUCUGAUGCUCAGGGACAUUGCUUCUUAAUGGCCUAACUCUGGUCAUUAAAACAAACACUAUCUCCGUACAUCACUUAUAAAAGGAAACUCCCUGCAAAGUGCCAUUAAAAUGCCUUGAAACUUUAUCCCUUGCUGCCGCUAAUGUUGUUCCGCGUAAGUUCCGCCGCCAUUGGCUUCACCCUGCGAAAUGGCAUGCAGCUAUAUGAACAAUAAAGUGCAGUUCCUAGAGCUCCAGGUCCAUCUAGUGGCCGCCAGUGCAAAUUACACUAAAAUGUAAACUGAUGGGGAAAAAAGUUACGUCAUUUAACAUUCAUUAAAAAUUAUCAGAAUGAAUGCAUACCUGUAACAUCUAAGCACGAUUACAUACGCGUAUGAUAUUCAGUUAUUUUAAAGAGAUCGUAUAUAUGAAAGUCAGUAUACCUCAAAUCUAGACAAUUAAAUUAAACAGCACAUAUACAGAAGGGACACUUUAUGUUAAAGAUGGCCGCAAACCAUUUUUGUUUCUCAUGUUGUAUGUUACAUAACAUUUGUAAUAACACCGUUCACUCUUUAGCGAGCUGUCCCAGUUGUCAAGAGGAAAAUAUAAUUUUAUUCAAAAUCAGUGUGUGACCAAAAUGAAACAUGCUACUGUUGUGUGAAUAGAAUGUAAGCACAGUUUCCAGGUCUUGGUUGGCGAUGCAGAAAUCUCAUGCUGUCCUACAGAGAAAGUCCUUCUGCCUGCAUUGUGUGUAUAAAGAAUAUAUUUAUUGCUAUUUUAGCUUAUUUCCUUUUAUGUUGUAAUGUUAAAAUGUAAUUACAGAGUAAAAAUUAAUUUAAAUAGAAAGGUAAUGUAAAUGUAUAUUUGGCUAUGUAAUGUGCAAUGGAAAUUUUACUACAAAUAAAAUGUUGUAUUUUGUGUGA